ACCUCUACCAACAAAGGACGUAAUCUAGGCCAUUUUGAAUCUGACGCUGCUUGGAGCGCAAGGGAAGCGUGCCGGCUGUAUAUUUAGAACGGUUGCGGGCAGACUUGGUUCUUUGCACUCCAUUCACAAAUCUGUGAAUUGGAAUCUGCAGUUUGAGGGUUUGUGAAUCAUCUAUCAAAAUGGUCAAAAUAUUCAUUGGCAACGUGAACAGUUCCACGACAGAGGCAGAAUUACGCACUCUAUUUGAGCAGUAUGGAGAAGUGACUGAUUGCGAUAUUCUGAAAAAUUAUGGCUUUGUACACAUGGAAAAGGAAGAUGAUGCCAAACGAGCCAUUAAUAGUCUGCACAAAUAUGAGCUAAAUGGCUCUCGCAUAACAGUAGAAUUUGCAACCACAAAGAUGCGAAAUGCCACAAAGAUCUAUGUAGGCAAGGUCCCUGCAACUGCUACAACAGGCAAGAUUAAAGAGCUUUUUCAGAAAUACGGAAAGGUGGUGGAGUGUGAUAUUGUGAAGAAUUAUGCCUUUGUCCACAUGCAACGUGAAAAUGAAGCUAUGGAGGCUAUCUCUGAACUGAAUAACACAGAGCUUGAUGGGCAGAAGAUAUUUGUUUCGCUAUCGAGAAGCAAUCCAGUGAAGGAUGGAAGAGGAGAUUUUGGUCCACAUCAACCUCCAUACCCUCCUCCACAUCACCCUCCUCACCAUCCACCUUACUUGCCCCCACCACCCCCAGGAGAAUAUCACCCACGAGGACGUCUACCACCUCCUCCCCCUCCCAUGCCCCCACCUCCACCUAGGAGUUAUUAUGAACGUGAUGUGUAUGAGAGAGGAGCUAGAUACGAUUCUUACUCUUCCAGGUAUUAUGGUGUCAGGGAUCCUUAUGAAAGACGUCUUCCUCCACCUCCUCCACCACCCCCAUCGUCCUCUUACUACAGGGAUCGCAGUCCUCUGGGAAGCAGGAGAACUCUGCUCCCUCCACCCCCGCCUCCGCCACCACCACCGUCUUCCUCUGCCACCUACAACCGCAACCGAGAGUUCGGUGGCCUACUUCCUUCUCGCUACUCCCUGGGCUCAGGGUUUGACAAGGAUGAUUACUUUGAGAGGUACAGCAAUGGGUUCAGCAGAGGCUAUUAAGCAACUCAAAAUUUGACUUCAGCUGAGUAGUUUAGAAAAGUCAGAUUUGCUCCACUUUAAGAGGGAGUCAACAGUUAUUGAUACGUUCAAUCUAGCUUAAAUUCAGGCAUUCUGUCAGAGUGGAGGUGUUUAAUAUUUUUGUGUAUGAUGUAGUUUGGUAAUCCAUUCUGUGUUAAGUUUAAAGUCUUUGAAUAUAAUUUUAACUGUACAGUUCAAUUUUUACUUUAAAUACAGGAUGGCAAACUCUUAAGGGUCCAGUUCUAAUAGUCCUCACCAGUUUAAUUUUAGUUUUGUAAGCUGUGGCCAUCUGUUAAACUAAGCAUUCUUCUCCUUUUUCCCAUUAUAUACUUUGGGAUAAGAGGUUAUAGCCGAUAGAUGAAACUUUUAGGGUAUAUUACAAUUACUGUCCUUUUUCUGGAUAAGUUUAGGUAAAAGCUGGCUUCCUUUGUGGUGUUUAAUAGCCUCUCUCCAUUGGUGAACAAACUCUGCUUUGAAGUAAUUUUGAGGUGGAAGUUUCUGAUGGGACGUCAUAAUUGUCCCCAUGCAAUUUUGAGUGCCAUUUCUGAACAUUCUUACAGCCUCGAAGACUCCCCACGCCACAAGAGACUGGGUUUCGGAUUACAUUUGCCAUUAAACUCCGCUUGCCUCCGAAUUGUGUUUUUUAAAAAAUAAAAAUAAAAAAAAAUCGGAUACGGCAAUCCGUGGUUCUGCGGACACGACUGCUUUUUCUAUAUAUGCACAAACAGCCAAGUUGGCAUUGUCCUAAUGUCAAGUCGUCCGAUCUUUUAUAGCCCGGAUGUUUAGAAAGCACCAGCAUGUUACUUGUGUUUAAGUGGUGUGGGUUGGAUGGGAUUUAUAGUAUUGGAAACCGUGUAUUUUUUUUUUUUUUUUUUAAUUUUGUUUCACUUGAUUCGUUGGGUUUUCUUUUUUUUCCAUUUGUUUAUGCAAAUCGCCACAGCUGUUUUCUUCCGUACAUCUGAUAUCUUCAGUCUAAAGUGUGGGGUGGGUGACCUUGUACAAAUUCUAUGUAACUGUUAUGAAAUUGCUUGUAAAAAUUUGUAGUGCGAGCAAUAUUGCUGUUUGUGCUUUUUGAACGGACCGCUUUAGACUGCUUUGUUACGAUGAUAGUUGAACGAUGUCGUUUGUUUUAUUUGACACCUUUGGUAUGUCCUUCAACCGCUGUUUAAUCUCUCCGAUUCAAAGACGAUCUUGUAACAUUUAGUCAUACCACAUAUUAAUCUUUUUAUUAUUUUUAUUUUUGACGAUUUUUUUCGAUUAGUUGAGUAAAUGCUCGAUGUUGUGUCAGUAAUAAAAAACAAAAUUACUGUCUCUGA